GGAAUGGUUAACGAUUUAACCUAAGCAGAUGGAUGUCCGGGAUGUCCUGUCGUUUGCGGUAGACUUUACUGCUUACAUUAUCUAUUUAUUCAGUCACCAAGCCCUCAGUUGAAGCGGUCUUUAAAACCUCCUCCCCCACCAUCUCUUCAACUUGAAAUAGAUGCAAAACGGCCCAAGGUUAGCGCUGAUCAUAUAUCCGCAUUUUCUGAUACUUCAUCCGAUGUUGGUGAUCUCGAAGGUAGUUUCUUUGUUCAUAACCUGAAGUUAGUAAAAAAAUUUAUUGUUAUUAUUAUAAGUAUGGCGAAUCCAGAAAGUACCUUGCUGCUUCAUCCGUUAGUAAAAAAAUAAAUAUAUGUAUAUGGUAUGUAUUUUAACAUUUUGAACACAUCACCAUGAAGCAUGAGAACGAACAUAAGCUGCUGCUCGCCUUUCAGACUUAACUUAAAUUUUGGUAGCACUAAAAAUGUGCCAUAAACACUUAUACUACCCGUCAACUGACUUGUGAUUUAAAUGUCUUGCAUAUCUUCGUAGGGUAAAAUGACGCAUUACGUAUAAAGUAAUAAGGUGUUUGUGCAAUCAAGCUUCAGCGAUUAAUCUUAUCUCAAGUGAUUUCAGCUUCACUGAUGGUUAACUUAAGGAGGAGCAGCAUCUUUAAUAACAAUUAUUUUACUCGUGGCAGAAAAUCACAGUGGUCGUUUUCUCGUUUUCUUAAUGUGUUAUCCCAUUAAAUGAAUUUCAACAUGGUGAUAAAUUUGGCGUAUUCUUGUCGGACAAACAAUGCGGUCGUAUCCAACAAACUGGAUUUAGAAGAACGGUUGUUAACCUACGGUUUUAAUCUGGUAUUAGUCCCACUUAGGAUGUGUCCAUAACAACCAGUAAUAAUUCCUAUUCUUACUGAUAUCUUAACAGUAGUAAAGAGUGCGAAGUAAUGUCAAAUGAACUUAUCUAUUGAGUUAUUUCUAUUCCAUGUUCAUUUACAAAAUAGUGUCUUUCUUAUGAGUAUUUCUUGUAUUUCUGUACUUCAGAUUUUUCACGUCCGUUCAAUGCACCGGAUUCGUGGGAUUCAGAAACAAGCAAUGGACCUACUACUGUUGGAGCAAAUGAAGUGACUGAGACUACUGUCCGUCGACUUACUGUACUUCUCGAAAAACGUGCUCUGAGCAACCAGGAAGCUCGAACUAAGUUCCCUGACCAACCUAAGCGUUUUAUGCAGUCAGAAUUGGAACUGCAAGAGACACUAGAGGAGAUGCAGGUGCUUGCAGCGAAUCCAGAAUUGUAUCCAAUCUUAGCGGAACAAACACGUCCCAUAUCACUAUUGUUAGGUUUAUUGGCUCAUGAAAAUACAGAUAUUAGUUUAUCUGUUAUUGAUCUGUUGCAUGAAUUACUUGAAUUUAGUUGUUUACAAGAAGCCGGAUUAGGCAAAGUUAAUCAAUUUUUAGAAGUUUUAUUUUCUGGACAAUUGAUACAAUCACUUAUACAGAAUAUUUCACGUUUAGAUGAGACAAAAAAGGAUGAAGCUGAUGGUGUACAUAAAACACUCGGAAUUAUUGAAAGUUUAUUAGAAAUUCGUCCAGAUAUGAAUGUAACAAUGGCAAAUCAAGGUUUAUUUGCAUGGCUUUUAAGACGUUUACAAAAACGUCCAGUAUUUGACAAAAAUAAAUUAUAUGUUAGUGAAUUAUUAUCAAUUUUAUUACAAAUGGAUGAAGCUAAUCGUCGUCAAUUAGGUGAAGUUGAUGGUAUUGAUAUCUUAUUACAACAAUUAUCUGUUUAUAAACGACAUGAUCCUGGAAGUCAAGAAGAAAUUGAAUUAAUGCUUAAUUUAUUCGAUUGUCUUUGUAGUUCACUUAUGUUACCUGAGAAUAAAGAUAGAUUUUUAAAAGGUGAAGGUAUACAACUAAUGAAUUUAAUGCUUCGUGAAAAACAUAUGUCUCGUGACAGUGCUCUGCGUGUUCUUGAUUAUACUUUAUGUCCUGUUUCACAAUUAAUGGAUCAAAAUACCAAUGAAUUGCCAUCACAUCAAAAGUCAACUAUCAAUACAGUGGAUCCUGAAGCUGUAGUUAUAGCUAAUUGUUCGAAGUUCAUUGAAAUUUUAGGUUUACGAACUAUUUUCCCAUUAUUUAUGCAUUGUCCACGUGAACAUGCACUUCGAUCAACUUCAUCUGGUUCAAAAACCAAGGUGAAAGUUAUUAGUGGUCCCACUUCAGCUGAAAUGGAAGAACAUGUGAUUAAUAUUAUUUCCGCUUUACUUCGUCAUUCACCUCCAGAAACUUUUAAACCUCGUGUUUUGGCUAAAUUUGUUGAGAAUGAUCAUGAAAAAGUGGAUCGACUCAUUGAAUUACAUUUGAAAUACUUAGAUAUUGUUAAAGCAACCAAUAGUAAAGUCGAAAUAAUGCGAAGGAACGAGAAAAAGUGGAUCGGUUAUACUCGGGAAGAAGUGGAAACAGAAUUAAUGCUCAAACGUUUAGAAGGUGGACUAUUACCACUACAAGUUUUGGACGUUAUAAUUCUUGAUGUUUGUGUAAACGGUGCACCAACGAUUUUGGAACGUGUACUUCAUCUAUUGAAAAUGCGAUCCAUUUCAGUGAAUUCCGUACUUGAUACAGUUCAAGAAUAUGUGAAUAAUUUAGGCGAAGAAUCAACGACGGGUACAACAUUAUCUGAGAAAACGCGGGUUACAGAUCUCUUGAAGAAAUUUAAGGAACUGUUAACAAGUUGACAUUGACUUAAAAUUUUGUAUUUCACAAUUUAAUUUAAUUAAAAAUAUACAUAUGAUAUCAUAAUUAUAUAAUUAAAUUUUACAUUGAUU